GCUGGCUCUUCUCUUACUUAUCCACCUGAGUAUAUACAGAAAUUAAUGAAUUAUUAUGAUUUUGAUACAAAUCUUAAUAAUUUUUGUUUUGCUUUAGCAUAUUUUGGUCAAUUACAAAUAGUAAAAAUCAAAUUGGCUUUCAGAACAUAUAAUUUGGUUUAG